AUGUUCGGAACCCUACACUGCAACUCGCCUACCAAGGAGGCAGAGUUUGUCGAGAGGCCAUAUGGAUCCCUCAACCCAGGAAUGAACUCAGCCUGCGACCGAUGCAGAGCAUACAAGGUCAAAUGCACUGUCAGUGGAAAAAGCUGCAGUCGAUGCCGGCGUUUAAAAAAGACAUGCAGUUUCACAUCAGUGAGGCAAAGAAGUAGCCAGCGAGUAUGGAAGACAGACAUCAACUCCAAACGCCAGGAAUCCCAACCAUCAGACAGGUCUGCCCAACCACAGACAUCACCGAGCCCCAAAGACAGCGGGAACGAGGGAGAAGAUCACAUAAAGCAACGAGGCUCUAUAUCAUCAGGCCACACAGACGGAAACGAUGGAAGUGAGAAAGGAGACCCACAAAUUACAGACUACACAUCACACCACCUCUCUGAAGCAUCAUCAUUAUCAUCAUCAUCAUCAACAUCCAGCCUACCAUUCCUCGCCGACUACGACCAACGAGAUAUGAGCGAGCAAAGAGACGACCUCUGCACAUGCAGCAUCCUGCCCUUUCCAUUCUGUUCCUCAAGCGUACACUACAACAGCCCAGACGCCAUGGCUCGGUCCAACAUCGGCACUCCCCAUGCCCUUCCCACACCCCCGGCCUCGAGAGACGAAACCCCACAACAAGUGCUAUCCAGCAGCCAAUCACACGACUCACAAUUCGAAAUGGGUCCCAUCGACACGGAAUCCCUCGACAUCUCCGGCAUCACAUCCUCAAUGUACUGGUCGCAAGGCUCAUUUGAGAAAACCUGCCAAUGCCUCGCCGACGUCAUCUUCGCCCUAGAAAAACUGGAAGCAAGCUGCAGUUCAGGAAGCAGAGCAGGACUCGACUCUAUCGUCGCCAACCAAAAAGAAGUCAUUGAACUCUGCCGCUGCAUGCUCAAGUGCAGCAACUGCAUGGCUAAGCGCGAAAACUUUGUCCUGCUCGUAUUCAUGAGCGAACGUAUAGUGGUAGCAUGCAGUCGCAUUGUGACAAUGUACCGCAUGGAAGAUGGAGGUCUGCGAAACAACACGCACAACCACAGCGGCACUACUACGGUGGCACCCGCGCAGCUCGCCUGUCUACCCGGCCCACAUCUCUCGGGCUCCACAACCGACAUGGACAUGGAUAGCCAGUGCCUCACAGCAGCUACCGCAUCAGCGGCCGCCUCGUCGUCGCCAUCUCGGCCCACCACGUCAGGCUGGCAACAACUGCUCCUCGGAGACUACAAGAUUAACUCAGCCCUAGAGUGGGACCAUCUCGUCCGUGCCCUCAUCAACUUUCAACUCAGGGCCGUCAAAGCCCUUCUGUGCGACGUCAAGAGCAUAGGCACCAUGAUCCUGGGGGAUGCGCAGAAGGAGUCUCUAGCCCGCGCUGAAACAAUAGUCAACAAGUUAGAACAAGACAUUUACAUAAUCUAG